AUGAAGUUCAGCAGCGUCUCUGCGCUACUUGCGAUCACGCAGGCUUACAGUAUCGUUGGUGGUGUAGUUGGUGGUGCUGGUCAGGUACUUGGUGAUGUACUCGGUGGUGUUAAUCAGGUAGUUGAUGGUGUAGUUGGGGGUGCCGGUCAGAUAGUUGGUGGUGUAGCUGGUGGUGCCGGUCAGGUAGUUGGUGGUGUAGUGGGUGUAGUUGGUGGUGUAGUUGGUGGUGUGGUUGGUGUUGUUGCUGAGGGCGGUCUUGUACAAGGCGACACGAAUCGAGAGGCUUUCCACCCCAAAAGCCUAGAUGAUUAUGAGAGCAAGAUCAGAGUCGGCCAAAAGAAUAGCUGA